AUGUAUCUCGAUGGAGAAUUAGGAGGAGCUUCGGGAUCGCGCGGCCAAUCGGCGGCCGCAGGGGCAGAGCCUUCUCCGGCCGAACAGCAGAAGCACGAGCCUAACAGGUACGAAACAGUGCUCUACAGGAACGUGCAAGGCGCCGCUCCCGACAUAUCGCAACCAACUGAUGGCGCCGCCUUGAGUCUACCGGCGUGGCAGCCCGGGGGCUCGACGUCGUCGUCUUCGUCCGGAGCGCUGUUGCCGUGGGAGAAUAUUUGGGAAAACUACGGGAAGUAUCUAAAUGGCACAACGUACAACUCGUGUACGCAGCCUUUGCAAUCUCUCCCAUCUGGCAAUGAGCUCACCUUCGCUCCCAGCUGCGCUGUGGCUUCUGACAGCAGCCAACAAGGCAGCACUGGCGGAACGCAGAACGUUAACGGCAUAUCGAACAUCGGAGUGAAUCAAGUGAACCGUGUUGGCGAUCUGACGGAUUCCUACGGCUUAUUCCCGCCGCGUUUGGACCGUACUGUGACCGUCGCCGAACUGAUGAAGCUCACCGACGCCAUCAACGAGCUCACCAAGAGGAUGCCUUUGCCGCCAACACCCGAGCUCCUAAACUCCGUUGAGCCUCAAUUGGCGAUGACCUUGCAGCUUACGUACCUGAAGGCGUACAUGCAGAACCAGCAGCUUCUGAUCGACAUCAAGAACGGGAUCCUGGGCAACCUCUUGAACGGUUACGACUUCAGGAACUCCAUGCGCACGUCGGUCCCCAUGCUGGGCCCGCCACCCCCUAUGGAACAGCAGCAGUUCAACGCUCCGUAUUACGGUUGCUCCGAUGGACAGGGUAUGGCGGUCAAUGCGGCCUGCGACGUUUCGUGGGGGCAGCCACCUGCCAUAGAAUAUUCCAUGGGAGACGCCGCUCCACCAAGCAACCCACCGGCAUAUUCUUCUGGCAAUGGAGAUUUCAACACAACCAGCACGGCUCAAUUCCCGCCGUUCGAAGAGGUUUUUGACGCUCUUCAACAGACGCAAUACAUGCCUCCGAUGAUCGAAGCCCCGCCUCCACCUUCAGGUGAAGUGGCGCCAUCCACUGUGUUGCAAACGACACAAAACACCGUGAAACCUUCGUCGGGGACCCUAGCGAUGGUGCCUGCACCAACGGCUGCGCCCAUGGUGAUUAACCCCGCCCCGCCGACGCCGGCUGUCACCACGGGAGACCGCUACGAAACGGUUUCCGUGGAGGUGCCCCCGCUGAAGCAUGAGAUUCCCCCUAUCCCGGCUGAAAUACGUAACAUGGUGAAAUACGACGGCCAGAAACACUCCUUCGUAUCGGUGUAUCUGGGACCGUUAGGUGCCAGGCGUCGGCGCCUGUUUUCCAUUCGCAAGUUUGGGAUGGAAGGUGCUCUCAAGCUGGCAACAGACUUCGCUGUGGGGUCGACGUCUGCCGCAGUUGCCAGCAAAGAGCGGCGACUGCUCGAGGAAGUUUGCCAGGUUGCCCUGCGGUACAACCCCAACAGCGGAACCCGUCUGGAGCAUCUGGAGGAAGCAAGGGUCAUGCCAGAGACCCGGGGCAUCGUGUUCUCCUGCGGCGCUCAGUUGUGGAUGAUUAUUACGUACGACUCGAAAAACGGCGAUCGCAGCAUCGAAGCUUUCAGCGUUGAGUCCCUCGGCUUCCAAGCCGCGUACGACGCGGCUGUAGCCGCUCUCGAAGAGCGACUGAAGAAGGGCGUGAUGACUUCCAAGCUUUCAGGCCCCAUCUACUUCUGGCUCGAGGGGACGCCGAAAAAGGCGGUGUUGUGCCUCAUGGUCACCCCUCGCGACCUGAUGCGGCAGGGCACGUACGAGCAGGAGCUAUAUAUCGGGAGGUUCGACGUGACCAAAUCGGGGGGCUUUAAUGGCGCCCGCAAGCUUGCCCAAAAGUGGCGCUCUGCGUUGCGCAGCCAACUAACACGGUGUUAA